GGCAGAUCAUCGUGCUUCCACUCUCGCCUUUCCAUCUGCGAGUCCCCUUCCCGGCUCCAAUCUCACAUCAACUCGGGUCUUUCCCUGAGAGAUCGUCGUUUUCCCUGUUUCUUUCCUCCCCCAGCCCGGUUCCGAUUCCGACAAAGAUCCGUUCUUCCUAGAUAGACAAGGAAAGAAAGAAACCAAGAACCAACCUUUGGCACAUGGCGGAGCCGGCCAAGAACGAGGCCCACGUCGUGGAGAUCCCGGUCGCUGUCGACGGCGGCGAAGCCUCCGGAGGCGAGGAGGCCUUUCUUGACAAGGCGGCGGCGGCGGGCGAGGGUCACCCGCUCGGGGAGAUCGCGGCUAGCGAGGGACACCUGCUGCUGCUGAAGCUGUGGCAGCGGGAGGAGGACCGCCUGGGCCGCCGCGCGUGCGCGCUGGAGGCGCGCAUGGACGCGGCGCGCCGGGACGCCUUCUACCUCUGCGCGGCCUUCCUCGCCUUUCACGGCCUUUCCCUCGCGCUCCUCUUCGCCGCGUCCGUGGUCGCCGCGGCCGCCACCUCCCCCUCCGCCGCGUGCAGGAGGUGGUGGGCGCCGUCGUCUCUGUCCCUGGCGGCGUCCCUCGCGCUCGCCGCGGCCGUGCAGCUCCGGGUGGGCGCCUACUGGCGCGCCGCGGCGCGGCUGCGCCGGGACCGCGGCGACGCGCGCGCACUCGCGCGGGCCGUGCAGGAGCUGCGCUUGAAGGGCGCCGCGUUCGACCUGUCCAAGGAGCCGCAGUACGGGGUGACGAGGGCCAAGUGCGCCAGCGUGGAGGGCGCGGGCCUGUGGGCGCCGCUCCGGUGGUUCCGGCAGAACGUCGUCACAGCCUGCCUGCUCGCCGUCGCCGCCGCGGCCUUGCCCUCCGGCAAGUUCAUCCUCUGCGCCUAGGAUGCAUGGAUGCGGGGUCGCCAGCUUCUUUAAGGCUCGUUCGGUUCCUCCGGAAUGAGCGCCUGGAAUAAUUCACGGUUGGAUCUUUAUAAGCUGGAAUGACUCUGGUGCUCAAUCCUGAUGAACCGAACAGACCGCUGAUCUUCAGAACCAAAAAUGGGGACUGCUCGCCGCACAGGGAACAGAGACACCACUUGUGCUCCCUAGGCAAGAUCCCCAUGAAAUGGCAGAAAUGCGCAUUCUUUCUUGUAAUUUUUUCUAGCUGGACCUUCAGUUGACAUUCUAUAAUGGAAAUGCUUUAGGCUUAUUUUGUUUGAGCCUCCGUAGCACGAAAAAUUUACGCAAUUUCAGAAAGAC